GCAGCGGACGAACGAGAAACGUCAAUAUUUUUACCAUACCUAAAGUGCCAACAAACCGAAGAAGAGAUGGCUUUUGGGCUGUACUCGUUGAUAGAAGCGAUAAUAUUAUGCUUGAAUGCUGUUUGUGUCCUUCACGAAGAAAGGUUCUUAUCGAAAAUUGGCUGGGGUGCGGACCAGAGAGGCUUUGGUGAACAACCAGGCAUGAAAACACAAGUGAUGAACUUAAUACGCUCAAUACGAACAGUUAUGAGAAUCCCGUUAAUUGGCAUUAAUGUUAUUGUGAUAGGCUUCAUGCUUGUUCUUGGAUGACGAAAGAAGACAUUUAAUGAAGUCCAUAUUACUAUGAACUUUUUUGUGACAGUGGAGAAAAAUUUGGGAUUUGUGCAAGGUUGUUUUUGUCAAUGAAGUAUUUCGACAUGUCGUGUAUAGUAAGGACCAGAAAGUAUACAUUGUUCAGUAUUGAAAUAGGAUUGGUAUAUUUAUACCUUAGGUAUCAACAUUAAUUCGCUUGUACACGGUAACAGUAAGAGGUUGGGUUUUCACACUUGUAUACGUGAAGGCUCUCAAAUGAGUCUCUAGAUAUAGAUGUAUGGAUGCAAUUUUAGCGUUUUUAGAUAUGUACUAGCUCAGGUGUUUAACAUGAAGGAUUGUCUAUAUUAUGGUGAAAAUUGACAAAAUUCAUCUACACAUUCAUUACCUUGACUGUUACAGCCAUCAUAAAUCUAAGGGUCACUUGUUUGAAGCCUUUCAAAGACUUAGGUGUCAAAAUGUUAAAAAUACUUAUUGCUUAAAUGUGUCUUUUAGGAGAGUCUUGUUAGUACAUUGUAUGUUUUUUUGUAUUUUUGUGUGAUAUAAUUUAUAAUUUGAUACAUUACCAGUAAUGCAGUUGAAUGGCGUGUUUCUUGUUUAGACAAAUACUGAUUUCAAAACGUAUGUUGUCCCAUUUGUGUAAUGAAUUAUUUGUAACAUAACUUUACAGAAUGUUUUGUAUGCUCUUUUGUGUGUACGUCGAUGGAAAUGUGGAAGUUGGCAUAUUACAGAAAUAGUUAUCUUUGACAAACUUCAUCUGAGCUUUAAUGUUAUAUGUAUAGUAUCAUCACAUGUUUGACAUCUUGGGAGUGAAACAACACCAUCAUAUUAAUUUGGUAUAGCACCAGCUAGUGUAAUAUCAUUUUUACGUUGACGUUGUUUUAGGUAUCAAGAGAUUGAUCAAAUUGACUUCAUAGAUGAUGUUAAGGAAAGAAGAAAUUUUGAUGGCUAACACCAGAUGAAAAGAAUAUUACUUUUGUGUAUUUUCAAUUCAGAUUCAAUUAAAAUUCUUUGAAUAAUAUAAAAGACAAAAUGCUAGGAAGAGUGUCGCAUUUUAUUUUUUAAGCUUGUAGGAUAGGAAAAGCUACUCUGGUAAUAUCCUCUGUAUCGCCGAGCACACACGAACGCACUGAUGUCAGAAUCAAUAAGGACAGUAAGAAUAUUUUUAAAACUUUGGGCAUUUUGAACGUAAAGCCCGACGUCACUACUUCCGUUUAAUCAGUGCGAGUUUAGUAGUGAAAGCGCUACCGUAGUUUACAUAAUGAAUUUUGAGACAACUUAUAUGCACUUUUAGCUUUAAAUGUUGACGAGUAGGUGCCUCAUUUAUUAUAAGUUAUCAAACUAGGGUACUCUCUUCUGUGUUAACUAUCUUUUGAAUAUAUUUAUAUAUGUACGAAGACAAUUUUUUACUAAUAAAAUGUCCUGUCUGCAUAUUAUUUUCCCUACCUUUAAAGUGUAUGUUUAUUGUAUGUGAAACUGUAAUUUGCUUGCAAAAAUAAUUUUGUUUAGAGAUCUUGUAGCAAAUGGUUACACCCAAAAGCUAUAAUGUAUAGUUACAUUCUUUCUCGAUGUAAUUUUCAUGCGUCUUGCUUCUACCAUGUAUAUGAAUGAAAUAAACUCAUAAUUGCAUA